GGUGGCGAGGCGAGCACCAUGCUCAGGGCGCGACGACUCUGAUCAUCUAACUACCCAUAAAACAACGAGGCGAGAAGCAAACCAUGGCGCUCGUGGUCAGACUCAGGGAGUUCUUCCUGCCCAAAUGCAAGGGCGACAAGCUCGCCAAAAUCGAGUUCAGAGGAGUGGCGCACACCUCACGGCUCAUGACCGACUCGGGCGACCUGCAAACUUUGGACCAGCUGUUCGAGUGGCCGAUCGGGCGACCCAUCGAGCCGGACGAGACGGUGAGCGUGGCUUUGGUGCUGCACAGCCGACUUUUGCCCGACCGCUCCAUCGGCCACUACAUCGUGCCCCUGCAAAAAGUGGUCAAGGAGGGCAAACUCUCAUUAAGGGACUCGCUGCUUGAUAACAACGCCAAAACCCUACCGGCCACGAUUUCUCUCGAGAUGCGUUACACGGUACCUGGGACGGACGACAGUAUUGACGGCUGGUCACCGGACGAGGGCAUGGACGAGGAGCGGCUGCUGGUGGACAUUCAACAGAACAUCGCCAACCUGGAGAAAACGUUGACAAGCAACGAGCGAAGGGCCUCUUGGAGUCACGAACAGGCCUCGACGAGCAGAACAAUCGACAAAAGCCCCGCGCCAGGAAGGAAACGUUCUGCAUUGCGAAGUAUGCGCAGUUUGAUCCGCCUGGGAAAACAGCGGCCGCCUCGGGACGUGUCAUCGGAGGACGAGGAAAGGGCCCUGUUGCAAGGAGGCCGCAGCGGCUUGGACGGAAUUGGCACCCCAGUCGGCGAACAGGCCUCCUCCAGGGCCGGAAGCCAGUCUUCCCUCGAGUCGGACAACGAUAGUCUGCUCGACGCCAAUUCACUCGACGUCACGAAGAAAAGGCUGCGAGCAUCGCACCAUCAACGAACUCCGUCAAAUUUGCUCAAGUCGCAAGAUUUCCAGUUGUGCAUCACCAUCAUCGAGGCGCGUCAACUGGCCGGUCUGAACAUGGACCCCGUGGUCUGCGUCCAGGUGGGCGACCAGAAGAAAUACACCAGCGUCAAAGAGAGCACCAACUGCCCCUAUUACAAUGAGUAUUUUGUGUUCGACUUCCACAUGCCGCCAAUGAUGCUGUUCGACAAAAUCAUCACCCUUUCGGUUCUCCAAUCAAGGAAUAUUCUCAGGCAUAACAAAAUGUUGGGCAGCUUUAAACUUGAUGUUGCUACAGUUUGGUCGCAACCAGACCACCAGUUCUACCACAAGUGGGCCCUGCUGAGCGACCCCGACGACUUCGCCGGCGGCCCCAAGGGCUACCUGAAAUGCGAUAUCAGCGUCAUCGGCAAGGGAGACUCGGUCAAAGUGCCGCCCAAGAGCGAAAAGGACGAGGACGACAUUGAGGCGAACCUGCUGUUGCCCGAGGGAGUGCCGGUGGAGCGGCAACGGGCGCGUUUCAUCGUCCGCGUCUACAGGGCGGACGGCCUGCCGAAAAUGAACUCCUCCAUCAUGGCCAACGUGAAAAGGGCUUUCACCGGCGAGGUGAAGGAUUUGGUUGACCCCUACGUGCAGGUUUCGUUCGCAGGCCUCACGGGUAAGACGAGCGUGAAGAAAAAUUGCUACGCACCAGUGUGGAACGAGCAGAUCGUUUUUUCCGAGAUGUUCCCGCCGCUGUGCCAAAGAAUCAAAAUCCAGCUGCGGGACAACGACCAAGUCAACAACACCAUCAUCGGCACGCACUUCAUUGAUCUGAAGACCAUUUCAAAUGACGGAGAAAAAGGUUUUCUGCCAACCUUCGGUCCUGCCUUCAUCCACCUGUACGGCUCAACCCGAGAUUACAGCCUGUUGGACGAACACGCCAGUCUCAACUCGGGGCUGGGCGAAGGCGUUUCGUACCGCGCGAGGCUGUUGGUGGCAAUUCGCACCGAAAUCACCGACAACAUCGACAUCGCGCCGUCCGGAGUCGAGGUCGAGCCUUCGUACCCAAUCACCGAGUCCAAUUACGGGAAGAACGAGGAGUAUUUCUUGUUCGGCUCAAUCAUGGACGCGACGAUGAUUGAUAAGAAACUGGGCGACAAGCCGCUCUUCUUUGAACUGAGCAUCGGCAACGCGGGCAAUUCCUUGGACGGUCACAAUUCGUCUUCACAGGAGAUUGAUGAAGAGGAGGGGGAUGACUACCUUGACAACGUGUCAGCGGAGAGCGCGUGCUGGCAGAGCACCACGCCACCUGUCAAGCCGAUGACCCACGACCGGCUCUAUCAUUUCCUGCCCUACUGGGACGACAAGCCGUGCAUGUACGUGCGCUCCGUGUGGCCAGACUACAGGCGCAGGAUGUACAACUCCAACCUCAUCAUGCGGAUAAUUGAAAAACUUGAGGAGGGUCUUCUGGAAAGCCACCUGCAGAUUGAGGCCGACAGCCCGAACAUGGAAAAAACGCUGAAGCAGACGCUGGACGAUUUGGCGUUUGGGUGCGGAAAGUACUUGUCCAUCUCGCGAUGCUACCUGCAGGGCACGGCGGCUGGAAAAACCAAGUUGGACCGCGAGCGCAUGAAACUCUGCGUCAGAGAAAUAGAGCACAUUGCGUCGCUGGCAAGGAACUUGAAGGCGCUGGUCGCCAAGCACACGAUCAAAGAGCGAUACAAGACUGCACAAUCCUAUCUUCAAAGACUGCGCUACUUGGCCGAAGACCCGCAACACGCGCUGCCCGAUAUAUUUCUGUGGCUGGUGAGCGGCGGAAAGAGGGUGGCUUAUCAAAGACUUCAAGCCAAAGACCUCAUAUUUUCCGUGGUGGGCGAGGAGAGCGGCAAAGACUGUGGAAAGGUCCAGACCCUCUUGCUCAAGGUUAAAACACUUCCUGGCAAACGGGGAAUCGGAGUGAGUGGUUGGGUCAUUCAGGCCAAACUGCGCAUCUACCUGUGGCUCGGCUUGACCAAGCACAAGAAAAACUUCGUCUCCGGCCUUCCAGCUGGUUACGAAGUGUCGCAAGAAAUCAAAAGUGCAGAACGACCGCGUGCUCUGCCCCCAUCUGUGAUACACUUUACUGAAAAACACUACUUCCAACUUCGGGCUCACAUGUACCAAGCGCGGUCUCUGAUCGGUUCGGACGCGUCCGGACUGUCCGACCCGUACGCGCAGGUCGUGGCCGGGGAGUGGUGCAAGACGACGCAGGUGGUUGACGAGACGUUGAGCCCCACGUGGGACGAGCUACUUGUUUUUCCAGAGCUCAUGGUGUGCGGAUUGGGAGAGGAGAUCAAAAAGGAGCCGCCAAACAUCGUCAUCGAGAUUUUCGAUCAGGACAAAGUUGGCAAGUCCGAGUUCAUCGGCCGAGCGAUGGCCAAGCCGCACGUCAAGCUACUGAGCGAGCCGUACGAGCCGCCCAAGUUUCCGCCGAAACUUGAGUGGUUUGACAUCAACCGAGGCGUCGACCACGCCGGCGAGUUGCUCGCCAUGUUCGAAAUGCUUGAGGUACGGCGUCCAGAUUUUAGACCGCGAAAAAAAGGUCGACAGAACGAGGUUGAUCCAGGCCAACUCGAAUUCGAGCUUCCAGCAUUGCCGUCGCCCAAAGACUGCCUCAUUCCAAUCACACAAGACACUGGGCCCAUUUUGCCAGUGCCGCCAGAUAUUAGGCCAACUUUGUCAAAAUAUAGAAUCGAAGUUUUGUUCUGGGGCUUGCGUGACGUGAAGCGCGUCCACCUGUUGACCGUGGACAAGCCGCGCGUCGACAUCGAAUGUGCCGGCCACAUUUUGCACUCGUCUGUGAUCACAAAUGCAAGGAAAAACCCCAAUUUCAGCACGCCCGUCAAAUUCAUUGAUCUGGAGUUGCCGGAGCAGGAGUUGUACUGCCCGCCGCUCACGGUCAGGGUGGUCGACUGUCGCAGUUUCGGCAGGUACACCCUGGUGGGCACGCACAUGAUCAACUCGAUUCACCGAUAUUUGUUCAACCCCGUCACCAAAAAACAGCGCGAGGUGGAAGAGAGGAAAAAAUCGCAGCAGCUCCAGCCAAAUCACACUGCUGCUGACCCCUGGGCAAAUUCAAUUUCCACCAGCAACUAUAUAAUUCUUGACACUGAUGAAACGGAUGUUCAGCUACGCAAAUUAGCAAAUUCGGGACCAGGUACAUUACAAAGUAAGAGAGAAAAGACUGAAUCAAAUCGCAAGAGAAAAAUGAGCAUGGGUCACGCGGCCGACGACGACGAGGACAGCAAGGACUGGUGGACGAAGUACUUCGCGUCCGUCGAAGCGAUGAUAGAGGAAACGAAAAAAGCGAAAAAUGAGGAGCAAGACAGAGAGAACCAGCAGAACGGGGCUUGCGGCCAAAUGGCGGAGGGAUCGAGCGGCGGUCACGAGGAAAAGAAGAAAAUUAAACUCGGCUUUAAGUCUGCGGGGAACGCGGCGAAAAUAGCCAACAAGUGGAGUCCCAAGGCGGCUAAGCAUUUGAAGCCAAAAACGGCUCUUUUAAAAAUAUUCCCAAGCGAACUGGAAGCGCAGCCUGAGUUCAACGCCUUCAAAGAAUGGCUGCAGACCUUUGACCUUUUGAGAGGAAAGAAAACUGGGGAGGAAACCGAGGACGACAGUCGAGUCGUUGGAAAGUUCAAGGGGAACAUUAAAGUGUACAAGUGGCCUCUGCCGAAAGACAUCGACGACCACACCAUCAUGGGCUUUGACCCUCAGUACGGCUUUUUCCAAGGCCUGCCCUCGAGUGACCCGAUCCACGUGCUGGUUCGCGUGUACGUGGUCAAGGGCACUGACCUGCACCCGAUGGACCUGAACGGCAAAGCUGAUCCUUAUGUCGUGCUGCAACUGGGCAGCAAGAGGAUCAGCGACAAGGAACAUUACAUUUCCAAACAGCUGAACCCCGUUUUCGGCAGGUGCUUUGAGUUUGAAGCAACCUUUCCGCAAGACUCGUUGCUCACUGUGCAAGUUUGGGACUGGGACCUUGUUGGUUCUGAUGACCUCAUCGGAGAGACCAGAAUUGAUCUGGAAAACCGUUUUUACACGCGGCACAGGGCCACUUGCGGUCUUCCAAGCAAAUAUGAAGAAUAUGGUUACAACGCGUGGCGGGACCCGAUGAAGCCAACACAAAUUCUGGCAAAGCUUUGCAAAGAAGGAAAACUGGAGCCCCCGUCUUACUUCAACGGCAAAGUGAAAGUGGGAAACAAAACUUUUGGCCUCAACAACGACGACGUGGCUCUCACGAGAGGAGGCAAAAGUAAGCAUUAUUACUUUGCAAAACUUUUGAUGAACUCGAGUUGUGUUUCUCUUUAUGUACGUGCAGUGCUUGAGGAAUAUCUGGCGCUUGCAGUUCUGAAGCGUUGGGAUGAAUUUCCACGCAUUGGCUGCAAACUUGUGCCCGAGCACGUCGAAACGAGACCCCUUUACAAUGCAGAAAAGCCGGGAAUUGAACAGGGUAAAUUGGAAUUGUGGGUGGACAUGUUUCCGAUGGACAUGCCGUUGCCAGGGCCACCUCUUGAUAUCGCGCCUCGGAAACCAAAAUCCUACGAGCUCCGAAUCGUGAUUUGGAACACAGACGAGGUUGUUCUCGAGGACGACGCGUUCUUCACUGGCGAGAAAAUGUCAGACAUUUACGUCAAAGGAUGGUUGAAGGGACCAGAGGAUUGUCAAUAUACCGACAUCCACUACAGAUCCCUGACCGGCGAGGGAAAUUUCAACUGGCGAUUUAUUUUCCCAUUCGAUUACCUCGUAGCCGAGGAGAAAAUUGUAAUUUCUCGGAAGGAGUCGCUGUUUUCCUGGGACGAGACUGAAAGCAAAAUACCUGCCCGGUUGGAAUUGCAAGUGUGGGACGCAGAUCAUUUCUCUGCUGACGACUUUUUAGGUGCAAUUACUCUUGAUUUAAAUCGGUUUCCUCGAGGUGCGAAAAGCUCCAAACUCUGCACCCUGGACAUGCUAAAGACGGACGGUUCUGUCCCCAUGGUCAAUAUUUUCAAGCAGAAGAGAUUGAAAGGCUGGUGGCCGUUUUACAUCAAAAAAGAAAACGAGGAAAUGGAACUCACGGGAAAAGUUGAGGCAGAAAUUCAUCUGCUGACUCACGAGGAGGCUGAAAAGAAUCCAGCUGGAAUGGGAAGAAAUGAGCCCGACCCUCUAGACAAACCCAACCGUCCUGACGCAUCGUUCAUGUGGUUCUUGAAUCCAUUCAAGUCGAUCCGAUACAUUGUUUGGCACAAUUACAAAUGGACCAUCAUCAAGGGACUCAUUUUCACAGCACUGGCCAUCAUGUUGUUGCUUUUCUUCUAUUCCGUGCCCGGUUACUCGGUGAAAAAGUUGCUCGGCGCGUAAAAUACUUCAAGUCUUUCUCUCAUAUAUGAAUGUCUAUUUUAAGAAAAAUUUAAGCAAAAUCUUACAAUAUGAAGCAUAGGUUAUUAUUUAGGCAUUAUAAAAACUAUACUCAAUCUACACAUCAUCUCUCUCACUACAUACACCAAUAUACAUUUAUAAUUUAACUUGUAAUCGUUGUAAUGUACAUAAGAUGCAAUUUUACUGUUAAUUGUUAUUCAAAGGUAAAACGUUCAAUGCAUAUCAAUUGUGUGGCCUACCUUGAUAUAUAUUGCAACCAUAAGAAUAUUUUCAACUCUCAUCAACCGACCAACUUUCCUUCAAACUUAAAAAAAAAGAAGAUAAAUAAAUCAAAAUAUGCAAUUUUUACUUUAGGAAAUUAGAAUCUUAAAUAAUUGUUGAAAAAAUGUUAAGUUUGGAACAAAAUUAAUGAAUAUAUGUUAAAUUUAUAAUCAUCGUAAACAUUUGUAGUAAUUAAAUGCGACAGAUGUUUGUAAAAUCGUGCAAAAAUAUUAAAAAAUGUACUACGCAUUCCAUUUAAAAAUAAGACGCUCUAAAAAUUGUAAAUAUAAAAACGAAAAUACUAUAUUAUGCACUUGGCACUUCAAAUAAACAAGAAAGACAUUGUUAU